AUGGGGUUGUUGAAGGACUUUCAAACCCCAGAAGAUCAAGCUAAAAUGUUGACCAAUUUACUCAGCUACAAUAAAGUCGACCACUUUGAGGAAACACGAGGCUUGGCACACGACAAACUCAGUGACCUCUUUGAGCAAUUCGAAAACACAUUGUUGCGAGAGUUGGAAAUACAUUUUGAUGUUGAGGAUUACGAACAAACACGACGGUUUGUGACGAUUUUGAUGUCGCUUAAUAAUCAACAGACUUUGAUUGAUUUUUUCUUGCAAAAGACUAUAUUUGAUGAGGACAUGGAAAUGUUUGGCUUGACCCCACUUGGUAUGGACGACUACUUUGCAGAUCUGCAGAUAGAUGCAAGUAUGUUUGACAAAUUAAUCGCAAACAUUGCUCUGGUUUUCAACAAACAGUCUGAGAUUAUUGAUAAAAUUUUCCCUCAGUCUAUCCCAAUGAUGUACAAGGUUUGCGAGGAAAUCAUUUCCAACCAGUUGUCAGAGUUGGUCUUGUUUGUUCUAGAUUCGUCAAAAAAGUACAAUUUGUACCUUAAUAUCGUUCCUUUUUUAUAUGACAAGUUGACGACCGAUUUGAUCGAGAGAAUGGUUUCUUCAGAGAAUGUGGGUGAAUCUUACCAUAAAUUGGUCCGUGAAUUGAUUGAUAUGAUGUUUGAAUCGUUUGCUGUGGAGUACAUGCGAGAGGAGGUGGCCCAGUUUCGUCUAAAUGCACAGGAGAAGUUAAUCAAAUGGAACGAGCAAAUUUCGCAACGAGAGGCAGAAACAUCACUGAAAAUCCUUGAAAGUGUUAAAGUUGAAUCGAAAAAUGACUUUUUGACAUCAUUCAAGAGUGUUUUUGCUCUCAGCUCGUCAAAAGACCCGGCAUCAAAAGCAAAUUUUACAGAAAUGCAAGCCAAGGCGAAAAUAUUGUCCGAAAAUAUAAGAUCCUUGAACAAGAUUCUUAGCCCCGAGGUAGUUCUUGAGAUCAUAAACAAUGCUACAAAUUCGUUGAAUCGUCUUAUGACGUUUAAAGACUUUACUAUUGCAUCAUUGCGAAGUGAUAUUUUUCUGUCAACACAGGAGAUUUUCAUUGACGUCAUGGACACCAUUGGAAUAGAACACUUGACACCGGGGUUUGAAAAAGCUCUAACUUACUUACAGACAUAUAAUCCCAACUCGCCCACAUAUACCACACAGCAUAAUGAAAAGUUUGCAGAACCAAUCGUGCUAUUUUUUGACUUGAUCAACAUGGCUGAUGUCAUUAUUCAAAUGGUUGAUUUCUUCUACAAGGAGGAAAUGUUGAACAAAAAAGUCGUCAAGCAUGAAAACAGUAUUUUGAAUCCAUCUUUACAAAGCAAGAAAAAGCUUGAGGCGUUGGUUGAUAAGAAUGUCGCCGAUGGUUUAAAUGUGGGAAUUGAGUUGCUCGUUCAUCAAAUUGAAACAACGUAUCAGGAGUUGCUUCUAGAUACCGAUUAUAAUCCUCCAUCUGAUGCUGUCACAACUCUUGGUCCUACAACUGCAGCUCAAAAAGCGACAAGCAUACUUGAAGAAAACAUGAAUCUUCUCGUUGAUAGUGCAGAUAAGUCCGUUGUCGAUGUAUUUCAGCAGGAAAUUGCCGAAAGGUUUUUCCAAGUCAUUGUCAAGAUGUUGAAACGACGAACAGUUUCGGUUACUGGAGCUACAAACUUGAUUUCCGACUUGAACUUGUACUACGAGUUUAUGUUGGAGAAUAUCAUGUCGAACAAAAGACAAAUCAUGCCCUUGUAUCAAGCAUUGAAAAAAAUCGGGAACUUGUACCUUAUUGGUGGCGAUGAUUCGAAAGCCAUUGGUAAAUUGGUUAGCGAUUUGUCAAAGUUCAAUGGUAUUUUUGGUCAAGAAGAAAUCUACGAGUUUGUGCAAAGAAGAGAGGACUGGCCUUUGAUAAAGAAGCAUGUGGAAAAGGUUAUGCGAUGUUUCACUACCAAAUUACCCUUACCCGUUUACGACACUGCAUUUUCUCGGAUCGAGCAUCUAUCGAAACUAAAGUCCACGUAUGAUAUAGUUAAGGAAUUGAAGGAUACAUAUUCCUCGAUCAACGCGACAUUCAUUCAAGACUUGAUCAGUGCAGUACCCGAAUCAAACAAGGAGAAUGCGGCUCUACCAUUUAACGUAUUGAGGAAUGAAAAAGUGAAGGAGUAUUUACUAAAGGAUUGUUGUGAAAUUGUCAUGAAAGAUGAUCCGAAAUUGAUUUUGGGUAGUCUUGGGAUAUUACAUCGAGCAAAGAUUCUUCCAAAGUACAAGUACCAGAGUCAAGAUGCAAAUGGCUUGAGAAUGGAGUUUUUGCAUCUCUUAAUGGAUGGAAAUCAUGUAUCUCUAUCGACAAUGUGUAUCCUAAACUUUAUUCACAAUGGGAUAGAUGUACCUUAUCUGACUAUUAGGUUGUUUAUUGAUAUCAUCAGUUCCAGCUCCCUCAGAAAUUUCUCCAUGAAUGCGUAUUGUUUGUUACAAAUUCUUCAAACAAGUCCUCGAAUAGACACUCUGGAGUUGUUCACUAGCUUAAUGUUUUUGAGCUCGAAUUCGAAUGGGAAUUACUUUGCAAACCAUUUGCUUUUCAAGUAUGCUGGAGAUGACAAAUUCAGAAAUAUGCCGUCCUUUCAACAGCACCAAGUUCUUCUUUCUAUGUUGCAACUAAAUUUGGAAAAUAGCGAUGCAAUAAAAGCGCUACAAAUUUGGCAACUUGCAAAACCAAUAGUGUUGGCUAAUGUCCCUUCAGCGAAUCAAGUGCUGUCGUAUGUGGAGAAAGUGGUCACAGCAUUCCAACUACAUCAUGACCCGCACCUUAUUGAAGAAGAGCUUGCUAAUCUCCCCUCUUGCAUCGAUACAGACUACAUGGUUGACUUUAAACUUUUCUUUUAUGCUCAAUAUUCUGCCGAAAAAUUCAAUGUGUUAACCAAGGCACUACGUAGCCCACUACGAAGAACGUCACUUACGUCAUUGCUCAAAAGCUUUAUCCAACUUCGAGAUGAAACCAAUGCGGAAAAGAUUAUGGAGACGAUAUUCGCCCAUUCAACCAUCAACAGUGCAGAGUUGAACACAAUUGUGGAGAAAUUGUUGCAACAAAGCAAAGUGUCUGAAGCUGCAUCUACAAUGAGACGAAUGAGUUUGGAAAUUACCAAAGCAAGCUACUUGCUGAUGUUCAAGUAUACGUGGAUGAACAAAGACCAAGUGUUUUUCAAAGAGUUAUAUUUGAAAUUCAUGAAAUUGAAACGUGACGAUCCAACUUUGGAGUCGUUUACUAUUUCACUAAUAGAAGCCAUAUCGUCUAUCAAUAACCGUCAAGCAAUACGUUACUACACAAAGUUUCUAAAGAUGGUUAGUUUCCAAAAUUCUAAAACGAACCAAUUGUACCAGCAGGUCGAUUUCAAGCGGUACGGGCUCUUGGACGAAUUUAGUCAGUUGAUUUGUUUAACACCAUUUGGAAUGGUUGAGUGCUUGAAGGUUUUGUCGAAAGAAGCGAUCAAUAAUCGAGAUGAUAUAAGUUUACGGUGGUGCAUUGAGGAGUUUAGAAAGAGUGGGUGGGACGUACGUACUGUUAUUGAGUACUUGGAAUACUUUGACAAUCAGGGGUACUUGAAGGAAGUACUAAAAGCUAGAGCAUUUAACUAA